CUACGCGUUUAAAGAUGUCGGCUCGCAGUGCCCGACAGGUCGUGUGUUGUGAAACAGCUUGUUAUCACCACAGAAACAGCAUGUUAGAUGCUUUAUGACAGCUUAUUAUAGGUUUUUAAUAAAUAAUACAACUGCGGAACUGUUUGUGAAGAUGUCGCAGCGUUAGGUUACGUAGCUUGAUAGUAUUUAAAGAUGGUAACAGGUACCUGAAUGCAACUAUCUGAAACAACAACAUCAGUCAGAGAGAGUCAACAUGUUCCCGGCUACAUGCUCACGACUGUGCCGCAAAGCCUUGUCCAUCCGAGGACAGAGGACACUGAGUCUGUUCCCCAACUCCGGCUCUUCUAACUGGAGUAAAGUGGUGUCUGACGCGGAGAAGAUCGUCGGCUAUCCGACCUCCUUCAUGAGCCUCCGCUGCCUGCUCAGUGAUGAGUUCAGUAACGUUGCGAUGCACGUCAAGAAGCUCAUCGGGACGCAACACCCUCUACUCAACACGGCCAGGGGCUACGUCUUCGACAGCAAGAACCACCUUCAGACGAGGGGACUGAUCGUACUGCUGCUGUCGAAAGCGGCGGGGCCAAGCCGUGCAGCCUCCGGUCUUCUGCCUCAGGACAUGGUCUGCGGCAUCUACCCGACCCAGCGGAACUUGGCAGAAAUCACCGAGUUGAUUCACACGGCGUUCCUGGUGCAUCGUGGGAUAGUCGACCUGAAGGGGUGGACGGAUUCAGACGGCCCGCUGAAGGACAUGGAGUUUGGGAAUAAGAUGGCGGUCCUGAGCGGAGACUUCCUGCUAGCGAAUGCUUGUACUGGACUUGCCCAGCUGAAUAACACUAAGGUUGUAGAGCUGAUCUCGAGUGCCAUCGGUGACGUGGUUCAAGGAAUCUACAAUGAGAAUCCCAGUAAUAUUGAGGAGAAUAGUCUCAGUGAUGGCGUCGACGUGGCGGCGUGGGAGGAGCACACGUUCCUGUCCCACGGGGCACUGCUGGCCAAGAGCUGUCAAGCUGCGAUGGAGCUCGCCAAACACGACAACGAGUCCCAAAGAUUGGCCUUCAAGUACGGCAAGCACAUAGCACUGGGCCACAAGCUGAACUCUGACCUGCAGCCGUUUGUGAAGAGCAGAGCGGGAGAGACGGAGGCAUUCAGUUUGAGCGCCGCCCCGGUGGUUUUCCACCGUCAGAUCGUCGGCCAGGAGAGAUGGCGUCAGCAGCUGCAGCAGGUAAAAACACAGAGAAACCAACUGGAUUACUCGAAGCUUUUGGCAGCAGUUAAGUCGGAGAAAGGCGUGAGCUCAGCGGUGGACUUAUGCUGUUACCAUGGCAACAAGGCUGUGGAGGCCAUCCAGGCUUUCCCCUCCUCCGAGGCUCGAUCCGCCUUGGAGAACAUCGCCUCCGCCAUCACCAAAUUUUGACCUGGACACACACACACACACACACACACAGAGUGUUUUUGUCUGCUGAGGCAACAGGACGAGAACCACUCAACAGUUGACACUUACAAGACAAAUCAACUUCUUUUUGAGCCGGGUGCUGGCUCAUGUAUGCAGAAACUGUUCUGUUCCGCUGCGGAUGACAGUGUGCAGCAGAAAUGCAGCGGCCACAUCCAUAAAUGGUCAUCAUUAAAAAAAAAAAGAAUAAAAACACAUUACUUCAG